UAUCUGACGAAGGUGUCGUAGUACGAAAAUGUAUCAUAAGUUCUCUAUCUCGUUCAGUCACCUGGAUAUGUUUCACGUUUGCAUGUGAUUUUGGAUCUCCAAUGACGACUCUCCUUCGCAUCUCUCUCAUCCUGUGCGCGCUCUCCGGUUAUUCCCGUUGUCAGCAGCCUCCGGAGCCAGCUAUAAAUGUUCAAGUAGGCGGCAACUGCGAGAGAGACGCCGAAUGCAUCGAGAAUGCAUUCUGCCGCUGGCAGCAAAACUGUUUGUGCGAACUAUAUUACUCGCCGAGUCCCGAUAAAUCGAUGUGCAUCGCCACUGUGGGGUUGCGCUGCGAGAACGAUGACACCUGUCGAACUAUGGCGAAUGGCGAAUGCAGACAAGGCACAUGCACCUGCAAGGACGAGUUCUUUUUAGACAACUUGAAUAGAUCGAAUUGCAUUCCCAGACCUUCCCAAAUCGGCGAUCGCUGUACGAUUACGACGAUAUGUCAGGAGAGUUUCAAUUUUGCGACGUGCGUCAACGAAAAAUGUCAAUGUUACACGGGAUAUCAUUUUGUAAAUGAGACGAAAACUUGCGUUCCGAAUCAAGCCUUGUACAAUACUUGUACCAGCGACCACGAAUGCUACGAAGACAACAAGAACCCGGAUAUCUUGGAGUGUAAGAAUGGUCAAUGCGUGUGCAAGGAAGGAGAGCCGCAAUGUGCCGGAGGUUCGAGAAGCAAAAUCGCCGAAAUGAUGACAAUUUUGUUAGUGCUCUGGAUAUUGUUAAUGAAUCCAUCAAUAUAGCAAAUUAAUAUCAAAUGUCUAUAAAUAUCUAUAAAUAUUUAAUUGUUCGUUUGAUUUUACAAUGGCAUUAUUUAACGCGCAAAAUAAACAAACUCACAUAAGUCA